GAGAAAAGGGUAAUACUGCAUCAGGAAUACCAUUGCACUAUAAAGGAUCUAUAUUUCAUCGUGUGAUUAAGGGGGUGAUUUCACCAAAGGAAAUGGUACUGGAGGUGAAAGCAUUUAUGGUGAAAAAUUCGAAGAUGGCGAAUGCCGGUGUUAACACCAAUGGAUCCCAAUUUUUUAUCACUACAAAUAAAGCUGAACAUUUGGACGGAAAACAUGUGGUUUUUGGUAAAGUGAUCAAAGGUAAAUCUAUCGUUCGUGCCAUUGAAGCUGUUAAUACUGCAGGCGAGAGUCCGGUAAAAACCAUCAAGAUUGCUGAUUGCGGAGAAUUAAAGGAAGGUGAAGAUGACGGCAUACCGCAACUAAUGGACGGAGACGAGUACGAAGAUUGGCCUGAGGAUCAAGGGUCCUUAGAACAAAACGAUCUGCUUCAAAUCGCAAAGAAAGUAAAAGAUAUCGGUAAUGAUUAUUUCAAGAAGGCUGAAUACGAAAUCGCGGCCAAAAAAUAUUCAAAGGCUAUUCGAUAUUUGGAUGCGAAUUCAGGUUCUGAUGAUGAAGAUGAUUCAGUAAAGCUUCCUAAUGAAUUUUACGAACUAAAAAUUUCAUGCUACCUUAAUAAAGCUGCAUGUUCGCUUAAAUUCAACGAAUGGGGUGAUGUCGUUCAAGCCACAAAUGUGGUAUUAGAAAUGCCUGAGAAAGUGUUGUCAUCCACAAUUCGAGCUAAAGCAUUAUAUAGACGUGGUUCUGCAAAAGUUGGUAUGAAGGAUGAGGAAGAAGCAAUUAAAGAUUUGCAAGAAGCCGCCAAAUUAAAUCCAGAUGAUCCUGCCAUUACUAAAGAGUUGGUUGUUGCCAAGCAACGACUUGCUAAUAGGGAAAAGGCGCAGAAAAAAGCCUAUAGUAAAAUGUUUGAAUAA